AUGCUUGCCCUCCAUAGCCCCUACCUUCAUACCCAUGUUCAGAAGAUCCUGUCCGACUGUGUGCUGCCCAUCUCGGUGCUCACCUUCUCUCUCGUGGGCUCCUAUUUAUUCUGGGAGAUAGAGUUGUCCAAGUUCAGCUACAACCCCAGCGAGAGCCUGUUUGAGCUGGCACCGGUGCACCUGCUGUCCACUGGUGCAGCACUGAGCACUAUGAGCCUGGGGCUCUUGUUGUCCAUACUCUUCUUCAUCGAGCAGAACAUCGUGGUGUCGCUGGCCAACGAGCCCAACAACACGUUGGUGAAGGGCACAGCCUACCACUGGCACCUGCUGCUGGUGGCUCUAAUCAACAUGGGGCUAUCCGUGUUCGGUCUGCCCUGGCUCCAUGUCGCCUACCCACAUUUCCCUAUGCACGUCCGAGCCCUGGCCUUCAUGGAGGAGUGCGGGGAGAACGAGCACAUCUAUGAGACGAUCAUGAGUGUGAAGGAGACUCGACUGACAACCCUGGUGGCCAACGUCGUGGUGGGGUUGUCCCUCCCGCUGCUGCCCUUUCUGCUGCAGUGGAUCCCAAAGCCUUUGCUCUAUGGCCUGUUCUUCUACAUCGCCCUCACCUCCAUCGAUGGCAACCAGCUGUUUGAGCGGUUCGCCCUCCUGCUCGAGGAACAGAUGGCCUACCCCCUGACACAUUACAUCUGGCGGGUGCCCCAGCGAACCAUCCACUACUUCACCGGGCUGCAGGUGCUCCAGCUGCUGCUCCUCUGUGCGUUUGGCAUGUCUCCACUGCACUACAUGAAGAUGAUCUUCCCCCUCAUCAUGAUUGCUAUGAUCCCCAUCAGGUACAAUCUGCUGCCCAGAAUCAUCAAAGCCAAGUACCUAGAUGCCAUGGAUGCAGAGCACUAGGC